GCAGUUCCUCCGCAAGCGGAAGCUGUCAAACCCGAAGCUUGGCCCCUUCCACCACCGCAGCCCCUCUGACAUCUUCCUGCGUACGGUGCGCUCCAUGCUGCCCCGCUACACCAAGCGCGGCCAGAAGGCGCUGCGCCAGCUCGUCGCGUACGAGGGCGUUCCCACGAAUGUUGUGCGCACCGGUGGCCGUGUGGUGAUCCCCCAAGGCGCAGCGUCACUACUGCUACCGCGGCGAGCGUCCCUACACGGUGCUGGGCAACAUGUGCAAGCACGUUGGCUGGAAGUACAGCGAUGUGGUGAAGAAGCUCGAGACUGCCCGCGUGGAGAAGGCAACCCGCCACCACAAGAGGACGGAGAAGCUGCGCGUCGCCUGGAAGACCGCUCGCAAGGAGGCCCUUGCAAAGGUCUCCAAGAACAACCUGCAGGUGCUGAAGAAGUUCGGCUACGCGUAAGUUUCUUGGCGGCUUUUCUCAUUCGUCCGGCACUCGUGGUGGGUUGGGAUUAUGCGAUGGUGCAUGAAGAGAGCCCAAAGUUUCACUCAAUUCAUUUUUCUCAUUUCCCUCAAUCUCGUUUUUCUUUUGUUUUUUUUACGCUUAUUUUUUAA